GUGAUGAGAUCACCUUUGUUUUGAUGGGUGAAGGGUCAGACCAAGGGAAGCUGAUUGUUUCUUAAAGGCCCUGCCAAACGGAGGGAACCAGGACCAGGACUCCUUUCGUCAGAAGCGACAAUAUUUCUUUUACUCCAAUGCAGAUGCAUCCACUCACAGCCCAGAACUUCAAUCUCUAGGUAGAGAACCCAGAGGCAAGGAGUCCUAAACAGCGGCUUCUCUGGGGACUUUGCUGCCGUGACCUGCUGAAAAGGAUUGACUCAUCAGCACUGGAGGAAGUGCUUUGGCAAACAGUUCAAAUCAUUUGGCUUUAGCCAAUACAAGGAAGAGGACCUCUGAAGAUUAAGAAUUAACCCAAGGGUUCUGUUUCAGCAGCUGUAAUGAAUCAGGGGUUCGGUGGCAAUAACUUGGUGGAGUAUACCAUCCCCAGCGUCCUUUUGUACUCCUUUCUGGAAAACUGCUCCAAUUGUACUUUCUUACCAGAGCUCCAUGCUCUGGGAAAACAGCUGAAGGCUUCAAAGCCGUGCUUGCGUUUUGAGGGGGCUUUUGAUGGGGAUCUGCAGACAGACGGCAACCGAGUCGGGCGAUUCCAGGUCACAGAGCCAGGUGUAGGAAAUGAUGAGGAAAUUUUCCGGAUUAUUGGAGCUCAGUUAGCUGAAAUCGGGGACAAGCUUGUGGUGGAGAUGGAGCCUCCAUUGAUGAAUGGUCUUGUGCAGCAGUUUAUGGCUGAGAACUUUUCUAGAGAGGAAAUAACCAGGCAUCUGUCUCAGGCAGUGGAGGCAUUGGCAAGAAGGAUGCCAGUGGAAAUGGAGCAGGAGCGAGCCAUGUUAUUCGCAGCCAUGUUGUUGGCCCGAAAUGUAGCAAACACAGUUCCAUCUCUUCUUCAUCGAGUGUUUGUCACAACUGUGAAUUAUAUCAACUACAGACUCCAGGAUUUUGUGAACAACUUGGCACCUGAGGGCUGAAUGAAGGUGUUGUGUCUUCCUGAAGGGAAAGAUCUAUUUUUUUAAACAAAAAUACAUAUCCCAAAGCAAUUUUGGGGUGUUUUUCUUUUUAAGUGAAAUCGUGUAACGAAUUCACAUACACAUGAAUUAGGUAUUCUGCAACUUUUAGUAGCAGCAAUUAGCUGCCUCAUGCUUGUCUUUGCUUUAUUUUGACAUGUGCUUAUUUUUUUAUAACCUUGUGACCCUUGCUGCUGCUCUACCUUUAUCUCAGAUGGAAGAUGGCAAAUCGACUCUUUUACUCAGGGUUUGUAGUAUUGAGAGUCUGUUCUUCCCUUGCUAACAGAGGUAGAUGUUAAUGAAAGCUAUGGUAGACAUGGUCUUCUAGCACCAGUCAAAACAUCAAGGGUUUCUUGUAAAACUCUAAAGCCUAAGCAAUAGGGCUAAACUCAGCUGGAUAUCCUUGAUUCUAUCAACAGCUUUAAUUUGUACAGCAGCAGUAGUCUGUCAGUGUUCGCUGUCAUCCUUGAGUCACUAUUUCCUCAAACAAUGUGAAUGAGGCUUCAGCUUGGUUAAGAAGCUUGGGUGUCAGGCAUGCUUCCGUUAACAUCUACUCAUCAGCCUGUUGAUGAGGCUGGCUCUGAAGACAGGAAUGUCUCAAAUCAUCUUCCUGUUACAUUGUAGAGACUGCCAUUAUCAAUUCCAAGCAUUUUGUGAAACCAGACACUGAAAUUGCUAGUAGUUGUAACUCUUAAAUAUUUUUAAAUAAAAAAUGCCUGUUGUUUA